AUGACCUUUAAAGUGCAACGCGAGCAAGCUUUCGCAUCCCGGAUCUCCCGCUCCGACAAGCAUCCUUCGGGCCAUCCUCCUCAUCAAUGCAGAACUAUACCCCACCAGCAUCGUCCUCGUAGAGUCGUAGCUACAUCGCGUUUCACCGCAUCAGGAUCGAGUGCAUGGCGCCACAGUAAUCUAUUCCAUCGAUAUACGAGCUCCAAACCGGGGAUCGCCUCUGACGUGACGCCCCGGAGCAGGCUCGACCCGCGGAACCGUCGACACGCUGGCGCCACGUCACCGCGGCAGGCAAUGCUCGCGCCGCAGUCUUGCACCUCGUCGCGACGAAUCCAGGCAAUGCCGCAAUACGGGCGAUGCACGACUGCCGAUAGUGUUCCAGUCCGUCAUCUUAGCAUCGUCGGGGCUGGAAUGUGUCUGCGGUUCAGCCGCACGGGAAGACUACAGCCAAGAUCGAGCCCGCGCCGUUGA